CCUAAGGACAGAGCCCUCCCCGAAGACCCAGAGACCUGCCUGCAGCUGAACAUGGUCUACCAGGAGGUUAUCCAAGAGAAGCUGGCAGAGGUCAACCUGCUGCUGGCUCAGAACCGGGAGCAGCAGGAGGAAAUCAUGUGGGAUCUGUCUGGGUCCAAAGGCCCCAAGGUGAAGGAUGGCAAGAGCCUGCCCCCGAACAUGUACGUGGGGCACUUCAUGAAGCCAUAUUUCAAGGACAGGGUCACUGGAGUGGGGCCUCCUGCCAAUGAAGAUACACGUGAAAAGGCUGCCCAGGGAAUCAAGGCUUUUGAGGAGCUUCUUGUGACCAAAUGGAAGAACUGGGAAAAGGCCUUGCUCAGAAAGUCAGUGGUGAGUGACCGUCUGCAGCGUUUGCUCCAGCCCAAGUUACUGAAGCUUGAGUACUUGCGGCAGAAGCAGAGCAGGGCCUCCGGUGAGCCAGAGAGGCAGGCCCUGGAGAAGCAGGCCCAGGAGACGGAGAAGGAAAUCCAGGACAUCAGCCAGCUCCCAGAAGAGUCCUUGCUGGGGAAUAGGCUGGACAGCCACGACUGGGAGAAGAUUUCCAAAGUUAAUUUUGAAGGAGGACGCAGCGCAGAGGAGAUCCGGAAGUUUUGGCAGAACUCUGAGCACCCGAGCAUCAACAAGCAGGAAUGGAACAAGGAGGAGGUGGAACGGCUGAGGGCCAUUGCGGCCGCGCACGGCCUCCUGGAGUGGCAGAAGGUCGCAGAGGAGCUGGGGACCAGCCGCAGCGCCUUCCAGUGCCUGCAGAAGUUCCAGCAGCACAACAAAGCCCUGAAGCGCAAGGAGUGGACGGAGGAGGAGGACCGCAUGCUCACCCAGCUGGUCCAGGAAAUGCGGGUCGGGAGCCACAUCCCCUACCGCAGAAUUGUCUACUACAUGGAGGGGAGAGACUCCAUGCAGCUGAUCUAUCGGUGGACCAAGAGCUUGGAUCCCAGCCUGAAAAGGGGGUUCUGGGCCCCAGAGGAAGAUGCCAAGUUGCUUCAAGCCGUUGCCAAGUAUGGGGAGCAGGAUUGGUUUAAAAUCCGGGAAGAGGUGCCAGGUAGGAGCGAUGCCCAGUGCCGAGAUCGAUAUCUCAGAAGAUUGCAUUUCAGUUUGAAAAAGGGACGAUGGAAUUCACAGGAAGAGGAGCAGUUAAUUGAACUGAUAGAAAAGCACGGUGUUGGUCACUGGGCAAAAAUCGCUUCUGAACUACCCCAUCGGUCAGGCUCCCAGUGUCUGAGCAAGUGGAAGAUCAUGACUGGGAAGAAGCAGAGUCUCCAGAGGCGGCGGCGGAGGCCCCGUUGCAGUGUCCGGUGGAGCUCCAGCAGUGGCAGUAGCGGGGACAGCAGCAGCGGCGGCAGCAGUGGCAGCAGCGGUGGCAGCAGCAGCAGUAGCAGCAAUGAGGACUCAGAGACAGAACAGGAGGAGGCCCGGGAGGCUGACCAAGUGCUGCCAUCCCCGCAGUAUGUGGUCCCAGACAUGGACCUGUGGGUUCCUGCCAGACAGAGCACCAGCCAGCCAUGGAGAGGAGGGGCAGGGGGCUGGCCAGGAUACCCUGCUGCCUCCUCCGGCCCUUCUAAGUGGUCCAGUAUUGCCCACGGUGACAACAGGGCAACUUCUGCCACCACCUUGGCUCCUGGAGAGGAGACCAGCCAGGCACAGACCCGGUGUGGGACUCACAGCACCCUCCUGAGAGGUGUCCAGUACCCACGUGUGGCAGACACUCACCCAGUGAGCGGGGAGGAGCCAGCCUGCGAGGAUGGGAAGCGUCUGCUGAAGGUGCCCCUGGAGACCGUGCUGAGGGUGCUCAGGACCAACACAGCCAGUCGGAGCCAUGCACUGAAGGAGAGGUUGAGGCAGUCCUCCCUGCCUAACCCACCCCUGGAGAUCACCCCUGGUGACAGAGUGACUGGGCACCCCAGGCAACGGCUGUGGCACGGAACCUUCCAGAAUGGGCAGCGGCGUCGGAGACAUGCUCUGCACCAAAGGCUCCUUGAGCGCAGGCUUCUGCUGGCUGUGACUCCCUGGGUGGGUGACAUCCCCCUGCCCUGCAUGCAGGCUCCCCGGAGACCUACUACAGUGCAGACUCGAGCCGAUGGCGUCAGGAAGCAGCUGCAGCACGCCCGCCUGGCCAGCACCCCGGUGUUCACGCUGUUUAUUCAGCUGUUCCAGAUCGAUACUGCUGGCUGCAUGGAGGUCGUUGGAGAGAGGAAGGCCCAGCUGUCUGUACCGCUCCAGAGUAGUGCUGGGGACCUGCCACCACAUCUUCAGCAGGGGCCCUCGAGUACCCAGAGCACCCCAGGCCGCCUCCUCCCAAAUGUGCCAGCUCGAGGUGCUGCAAAGAGUGCCAGCCACAAAGGGAGCAGAGGGCUGGAGUCUUGCCAGGCCAAGUCCAUCCCGUCCCAGGUGCCCCUGCCAGCUCCAUGCGGCCCCCGGCCCAAGCCUAAGACUGUGUCAGAGCUGCUGCGUGAAAAGCGGCUUCGGGAGGCCCGUGCCAGGAAGGCUGCCCAGGGCCCCACAGUUCUCCCACCACAACUGUUGAUCUCCUCGCCUGUGAUCCUCCAGCCGCCUCUACCACCAGCCCCCCAUGGCUCCCCAGCUCCUGCUCUCUCAAAUCCAGCACUCUCUGGGCCUGAGGCCCCCACAGUGGCCAGUCCCUGUGCUCCUGGCUCCUGGCAGAACGUUGGGACUUCAGCCAAGGACAAGAGACCCGCCACCCUGCAAGCCCUGCUCCCCUCUUCUACCUCCACAGGGGCCGAGGGCACAGCGUCUGCUGCAUCCAAAACCCCUGCCCUGGGCCCCGGUCAUGUCCCUGUGAGCUGUUGUCAGCUGGGACAGUCUCAGGCCCCUACCACAUCCCAGAAGCAGGGCCUGCCCAAGGUUCCAGCCUUCCUCCCUGCAGCCCCCAGCCCCACUCAGCUGCCCAUCCAACCCCUCAGCCUGACGCCAGCUGUGGGCAUACACAGGGCUGGAUCACACAUGGUGGCCAACAUCCCCCUUCCUGUCACUUGGGUGCUCACAGCCCAGGGGCUGCUACCUGUGCCUGUGCCAGCCGUGGUGGGCCUUCCCAGGCCAGCAGGGACUUCUGACCCCACAGGGCUGCCAGUGACCCUGCUGCCUGCCCGGACUGAGACUCGGGUGGCCCAGAGCCCCAGGGACAUGGAACCAGACCUUUCCUCCAGGACAGACCCCUCGACUCCUCCUGCAACACCCACCUCCCAAAGUCCUGUAGAAGUGGAUGGUGACGUGGCCCAGGCAGCCAGGGAGACGUCUGUGCCCAGACCAGCCUCCCAGGCCAACCACCCUGCAGCAGAGCCGACCUGGUCCAGCCCAGGCACUGGCCCAGGGAGUGGUCCAGGAGGGACACUGGCGUCACCCUCAGGGACACAGGAGCCCCCAGGGCUUCUGGGCCUGGAGAGGCAGCCCCUGCCCCGCUCUGAGAAGGGAGCACUGGACCUGGGCCUGCUCUCCCAGGAGAGUGAGGCAGCCACUCGAGAGUGGCUAAGAGGCCAGCAGGGGGUGUGUGUGCCUCCCCUGGGGAGCAGGCUGCCCUACCAGCCCCCUGCCCUGUGCAGCCUGCAAGUGCUGUCCAGCCUCCUGCUCCACAAGAAGGUCUUGGAGCUCAAGGCUACCUCCCUGGCAGCCGGCCACUUGGCUGGGGGCAAGGCUGAGCCCCAGGCCAGAGCUCUGCAGGCCUCGCUGGGGAUGGUGCGGAGACAGCUCCAGGACAACCCGGCCUACCUCCUGCUGAAAACACGAUUCCUGGCAGUCUUCACUCUCCCCGCACUCCUGGCCACCCUGUCCCCCCAUGGUGUCCCCACCACCCUGUCAGCAGCGACAGUGGUGGGCCCCGAGAGUGAGGAUGAGGACCUCGUGGACGAGCUGGAGCUCCCUGAUGGGGACAAGCAGCUGGGCUGCACAGCAGACAGGGCCCAGGCAGAGCCAGCAGCCACGAUCCCUGUCCAGGGAGCCCCAGAUUCCAGCAAAGGCUCUUCCCCCUCCUACCUGGAUACUUCCGACGACCUUGAUGUGCUCAGAACCCGGCAUGCCCGGCACAUCCGGAAGCGGAGGCGGCUGGUGUGAGCAGCUGGGAUGAGGACUCCCCAGGGCCUGGAAGCCCACUGCUGCUGCUGUCAAGAAGCAGGGCCCAUACCUGCCCCAGGAGCCCAACACCCACCCUGCAGAAGAAAGCGGCCGGAGGCAGGGGAGGCUCUGCAAACAUUGACCAUGUCAUCACAGGGGCUUGGCUGGUCCCUAAGGGCAAAUCCGAAUGUUUGAAAGAAUAAAGUAAAUGUUUUAUUUUUUACUUAAAAAGCAG